AUGUUUUUACAAUUGAUAUUAUCUGAAUUUAUUCUUAUUUGGGAAUAUAAUUUUAUGUAUAAAUAAAAUGAUUAUCUAUAAGGAUGGGAUAUCGAGUAAUCUGUGGAUUCUGAGGAAAGUGAAAAAAAAUAAGUUACUCAAGUUUCAAACAUUACAAAAACUUAACCAUCUGAUAGGUUAAGUUUUAAAAAGUUAUUCUUAAAGAGUCCUCAACUUUCACCUAUAAGAGUGAAUCCUCCUAAUCAUUAAACAACUCCAUUGAGGGAAUCAAUAAAAUAAAAAUUUGUGUUUGUCAAUCAAUUAAUGAAUAAGAAAUAUGAGAUGAAUAAAGGAUGUGAUGUUGAUAUUGAAUAAUCUCAUCAAGUAUUUAAUGUAAAAUUGUAAUAACCAAUAAAUAUUGCAAAUUUACGAAUAAAAUUGAAUGCCAUUCCAAAAUAACCAUAACAUACAAAAGCAUAUACUCAAAACUAAUUGUAAGCAAUGAUGCAGUUGAAACGUAGAAACUUAUAUUUAAGAUCAGUACUCAAAAAGGUAUGUAUCUUGAAUAUUAAAGGUUUGUCAUGAAAGUGAUGAACGAUAUUCAAAUCAUUAAAAAGCUUAAUAGCAAGAAAUAUUUCUCGGUUAUCGAUAUAUAGAUGAAGAUCUAUAGAAAUUACAGAGUCCAAGUAAUAGUAUGAAUCUCUAGUAUGUUAUUGUAUAUUAUAUUUAGAUAGUAAUCCCGUAAGAAUAGUAACAGAAGACCUGUAAAGGUAAAGUAAUAAUUUUGA